UCAGGUCAAUCAGUCUGAGGAAAUUCUUGCUCCAGUCCGGGUUUGGCGGAUACUUGAUUGGAUCUGGAUCCUGCUGCUGGGUGGGCUUCUUUAUCUUCCUGCAGAGAACAAAAGCAAGCGUCUAAUUAGAGGAACAUCUGGACCUGUGAUCAAUGACCAACAAGAAUGUCCCCUUCCUUAGAGUGUGAGGCGGGCGGGUUCCCCAAUGGUUACGGAUCCAGGGACUCCAUCAUCAGAGCCGAUGCAAAGGAGGAGCGGAAAAGACGAAGAGGGUGUGGGCCGAUAAAGAGGACAGAUAGCUGCAGCAGCUGGGAUCGAGGCCGUGUCAGAGCUGAGGGCGGCACAGAGAGGCAGCGGGCUGAGUUUGGACUGAGUGGCGGUGCGGCCAUGCGCUGCUCAACCCUACUCGUGAUCUUCACUGGGGUGCUCCUCUACCUGGUGCUUGGAGCUCUGGUGUUCCGCACCCUGGAGGCUCCUUUGGAGGAAGAAGGACACGCGUUGCUGAUGAAGGAGACCCUGGCUUUCCUGUUUAACAACUCCUGUGUUGACCUGUACACCCUGAACGACUACGUAAAGGUAAGGCUGGACCCUUAAAAGCAGGAGCUCCUUAUUUUGUCGCUUAUCUUGAGGUGUUUUUAUUUUUAUAAUUCCUCUACUACUACAAAUUCUGGGACACAAUUGAAAUGUGUGUCCAAACUGCAUGUUGCUUGUAUAAAUAGGCUUCUGUCUCAGUCUUGUUUCAGGGUUAUUUACAGCAUUCUUAAAUUUAGGAGGCAUUGGAUUUUGAGCAGUUUCUGUAUAAAAUGUUGUUUUCUUUCUUUAAAAAAAAAGGAAAAUAUUUUGAAUCAGAAAUAUUCUAUCUUUUAAUUAAAAAAAAAAAUCAUGUUUUUUUUUUAAUCAUUUGGGGCACUCAGGCAAGGGAAAUACCCAUUCAGGUAAAAUUAUUUUGGAAUUAUUUGCAGUAUUUUACAGGAACACCGUUGAAAGUAUAUAUACAAAAAAACCUGCAUAAGUGUGCACACCCUAAAACUAUUAUGUUGUUGGUUUAACCCAAGCAGAGAUAAAGAAAAAAAAAAACAAAGCUCAUUGUACAAAGGUAUCAUUUAGGAGGAGGAUAGAAU